GAGGCGGCGUUGGAAAGUGACGCAGCGUACCCUUGGCUUGGCGCGCGCUUGACUGUCUGAGGAGGGACGUGGAGACGGAAGAGCGUCGUUCUUGCCUGAGGGGCUUUGGAGAGCGGAGCUCGACGCGCCCGGAGCACUCCGCAGCUGUCAGAGGAAAGGCGGCCUUUUGAGUGAAAAUGCCAAAUGUAAAGAAGGCAGCUGGGAAACGAGGUCCUGCAAAGCGGAAACUUGCAGAAGAAUUUUCUCCAGGAGAAGUUUUUACAGACACUUCAAAGAAGGACUGGAAGCUUGGACCGGUUAUAGGCAAAGGAGGUUUUGGCUGCCUGUAUCUUGCUGACAUUAAUUCAUCAAAACCAGUUGGCAGUGAUGCACCCUAUGUUAUAAAAGUGGAGCCCAGUGCAAAUGGACCUCUGUUUACUGAAUUAAAGUUCUACAUGCGUGCUGCUAAACCAGAGCUAAUUAAGAGAUGGAUUGCUUCUCACAAAUUGAAAUACAUAGGUGUACCAAGAUACUGGGGCUCUGGCCUGCAUGAAAAUAAUGGAAAAAGCUACAGAUUUAUGGUAAUGGACAGAUUUGGAAAAGAUCUUCAAAAGAUUUUUGAAGAAAACGGAAAGCGAUUUACACGCAAAACUGUAUUACAGUUGGGCUUGAGAAUACUUGAUAUUUUGGAAUAUGUUCAUGAGCACGAAUACGUGCAUGGAGACAUCAAGGCCUCAAAUCUUCUCCUGAGCUGCAAGACCCCACAUCAGGUGUACUUGGUGGAUUAUGGUCUGGCAUAUCGAUACUGUCCAGAAGGCACUCAUAAGGAUUACAAAGAAGAUCCCAAACGGUGUCAUGAUGGGACUCUUGAAUAUACUAGUAUUGAUGCACACAGGGGAGUGGCUCCAUCAAGGCGUGGUGACCUGCAAAUUCUGGGUUAUUGUAUGAUCUAUUGGCUUAGUGGGCAUCUUCCUUGGGAAGACAACUUGAAAGAUCCCAGUUAUGUCAGAGACUCAAAAAUUAGGUAUACAGAUGAUAUUGCAGAACUGAUGAGCAACUGCUUCACUGAAAAAGAAAAACCAGGUGAAAUAGCCAGGUACAUGGAAAAGGUGAUGACUUUGACCUAUAGUGAAAAACCACCAUAUCAGCAGUUACGAGAAAUACUUCUUUGUGGUCUCAAGAACAUUGGUCAGAAGGAUGAUGGUAUAUUGGACUUUGACAUUUCUGAGAAUGGAGACAUUCCAGAAAAACCUGCACUUAAGGGGGGGAAGCAGGCAAGAAGAAAAUUAGUUGCCACAUCAGACUCAGCUGCUGCCGAUGAAGAUGGCACUGAAACAGCUGUGGAUGAAGUAAAAACUACCCAAAAAAGAAAGCGUGCUCCAUCUAGUAGUGCUGACUCCCCAGGACCUGUUCUUCACAGCAGGUUGCAGCCAGAGGCUAGUAGCAGCAGCCACCAUUUACAACAAGGCAAGAGCUUCCAAACUCAAAGUGCCGAAGGCUUCUCCCAAAGUCCAGAAGGCAUCUCCCAAAAUCAAGACAAGCAAGAAACCCAGGAAGAAGAUCUAGAAGUAGGAGAGACAGAAUAAUGUGUGCUUGCUGCUUUUAUUAUUAUUCCCCCCUCCCCCCCCCCCCCAGGAUUAGGAUUUUUUUCCUUUGUAUUGAAGUGUUUAGUCUACUGACUGUAAAAACACUAUUUCGCAUUGUGUAGUUGGGAUUUGAAGAAUAAAUAUAAGUCUUUCUGUACAGGAUAUAUAGUUUACUACCAAUACAGAUGUUUUCAAAAUUCAUAAAUGACUCUAUGCACACUUUUUAUACUGGUUCAAUUUCUGUUACGCUUGAAUAAAAAUAAAAUCUUAAUUUUGA